AAACCAGCAAUUUUUCAUUUGUAGUUCAAAUCCUCAGUCUUGUUUAAUUUCGGGUGCGGAUUCAGCCGAGCACGGAUACUUUCUGCAAUUGAAUUCUGGAUUAUUUUGGGAAUUGAAUUUGGUUAGAAGGAUGGCAUCUAAGCAAAUGGAAUUGAUUCAGAAAAAAUUGGCUAUGUUGAAUUACCCGAGAGCCAAUGCUCCAGCGCAGUCGCUACUCUUCGCCGGCAUGGAACGCUACGCUCUUCUUGAAUGGCUCUUCUUCAAAUUAUUGGGUGAUAAGUCGCCGUUCUCGCAGCAAAAUCUUCAAGGGGAUACUGUGGAUCGAGAUGAAGAAACCUCAAGGAUACAAUAUUUGGCAGAGAUUGCAAAGUUUCUUGGGAUCACAACUACUGUUGACACCGAAGCCAUUCAAGGUCGAGGAAGUUAUGAAGAUCGUACUGAAAUGCUCCACCUAAUUGUAGAUCUUGUGGAGGCAAGCAUUUAUGCUGAUAAUCCUGAGUGGAGUGUUGAUGAGCAAGUGGCUAAAGACAUACAGUUAAUAGAUGCCAUUGCUGAAAAACAAGCUCAAAUAUUUUCUGAAGAAUGCAAAUUGUUUCCUGCUGAUGUGCAGAUCCAUUCCAUAUAUCCCUUGCCAGAUAUAUCUGAUUUGGAGAAACAACUUUCCGAUCAAUCAAACCGACUUUUGAACCUUCAAGAGAUGGUUGAUGAUCUAGCAUCAAAGCACCCUUAUAACCCUGAUGAAGAUUACGUCGAGGUUGAAGCAAAAUUACGCGCACAUCUGGAAUCUUUUCUAGAAACUGCAAAAUCUUUUAAUACCAUUUAUACCAAGGAAAUACGCCCGUGGACACACAUGAUGGAGGUUCCUCAACUUCAUGGAUUUGGACCAGCUGCAAAUCGAUUAUUGGAAGCAUAUAAGAUGCUUUUGAAGUUUUUAGGAAAUUUGAAGAACCUUAGGGAUUCCCACGCGGCAGUAGCAGUUGGUUCUUCGGAAACAGUAGGAGGAGGGGAGCCCUCUUCGGUGAUGAGAAUAAUUUCCGAGUGUGAGAAUGCACUGACAUUCUUGAAUCGGGAUCUUGGAAUUCUUUCUGCAUCUAUUGCUCGGGAGCAGGGACAAGGACAGGAGAUGUCUCUCUAAUGGUAACGAUAUAUAUAUAUAUAUCUUGGAGUGUUGCGACUGAAUUCAGGUAAGUGCAAGUACUAUGUGUACACUUGUUCUUGUUUAUAAUGAAGAUUGGGGAGGGAGGGAAGGGUCAAGUAUAGUUAGUGUUAAAUUGUUAUAUUGACUGGACUGAAACGUGAUCCUUCACUCUUUUUCUGUGCAAUUGGUGUUCUACUU